AUGCCGGGGAAUCCUUCUAAUAGAACGACUACGAGCACUGAGACGAAUACGGGAACGAGACCGAUAUUGCAUCUUCGGAAUAAGAAGACGGACAAGAUGGCCAAGCCCAGGGUGAGAUGGACCAAUGAUGUGGUGGACAACGAGAAUAUGGACAAAAAGAAGUCGAAGAUAUGCUGUAUAUUCCAUCCGCAACGAGAGUUUGGGGAACUGUCGUCGGAAUCGAGCGACGAGUCGAGCGACGAGUCUGACGAGUCGGAUGCUGGGGCAGGAGGUGAAUCGAAUGGAGCUUCGAAUGGGGGUUCUGACAAGGAUGCAUGCUGUGGAAAACACAAGCGGAAGCAGAAGAAGCCGAGAAAAUCGACGCCCAAUGCGUAUGAGAAGCAGCCUACGUAUAAGAACAAAUAG